AUGAAUUGGUUUGAUACAUCAGGGCUGACAAGCUUAGCUAAAACUGCACUGAAAGAGGCUCAGAAAACUAUUGACAAAGCUUUAGAUAUACAAGACGAGAGUAGUGAAGAGCAGGAUGAUCCAGUGCUUGCUAAAACAAAAUCUAAGAGUAGCGGAAAUACUCCUCAAAAAGAUUCAGAUUUCUUUGCGUCAUGGGGGCUGACAACGAGUGCUGAAAGUUCAAAAGAUCCGAUCAAAGAACAACCUGUGGUUACUGAGAGUCCAUCAAAGUCAAACUCUCAAAGUUUGUGGGGAUCUUUCGCCGGUUCUUUCUUUGAGCAACCAAAAACACGUGAAGAUGAAUCUGCAAUUGUUCAACCACCUAAAGCGAAAUCUAUGAAUGUAAUCGCUGAUGCUAAAUAUGAUAGCCAAGAUGAUUUAUUUUCACGAAGUCAGUUGGUUAUGUCCGAUGGAGCAGAGUGUUUGGAAACUAAGAAAGAUGAUAUAAAUUCCAAAGCGGAUGACAGGCGUAGUUCGUCUUUGUCACAUAGAUUGUCCCUUGUUUCAAGUAGAAACAGCUCAGACUCUGUUGAAGUUUUAUCACACAGUUUAAAGACUACCCCAGACUCUGAAGCAUCAAUACAUUCAAUUUCAAAUAGUAGUAGUACAGGACAAAAGCAAACUUCUGAGUCUGUAGAAAUACUGCCAGAUAGUCUAAUCAGUCCUAGUUCUAUAGAAUGUCUCGGUUUCGAUAGUUAUUCAAGUGAUAAAAGUACAUCAUCUAACCUCUCACCUGGUGAUUUGUCAGAAAAAAAAUCAACUCCCCUUGGAGAGACAACGGAAAGAGUUGAAACAGCUGAAAGUGUUAGCUUGGUAGCAGAUGAUGAUGAAGAUACUAUGUCAUAUAAUUCCAUCUCAGAAUGUACUGCACCAACUGUGUUAGACACUGACGAAAAACCUAUCAGUCCAUUUCCAAAAACAAGAAUUGAAUGUCACAAAAAAGUUGCAGAAAAGGAGUUAAUCCACUUAGAUCAGCCACAUUUAUCUCAAAAAAUGCACAUUAGUGAAAAUUCUUCAAAUGAUGGCUCUUGGUCAGACCGAACGCUGAAUGCCGAUAAUGAUAGUAUUAAUCUUGAGAAUAUAGACGACCAACGAAAAGAAAUGGAUCAUGAGGAUACACUAAUGGAAAAAUUAAGCGAUUCAUCAUCAUUUUAUAAUGUCAAUGUUUCCACAGAUCUCUUAAGGUCAGAAAGCUCAGUUUUUGUGAAUGUUGAGAAGCAGCAGUGUAGUGCACCAGGCAGCAGCGAAUCAUCACAAAGGGAUUGUAGUAUUAAAGAAAGAACAUCGCCUAUUAGCUCAGACAGUAAAAGUGAUUUAGUAAAAAUUGGAUCAGACCGUACAUCGGGACACACUUCGGGUGAUGAAGCAGAAACUGCAACAUCAUCUGAUAUUGAAAUCAUACCAAGCCCUAAUGGAGAUAAUGGCCAUGGCUUUUGUCGGAAUAGUCCAGGAAAAUAUAGUUUCAAGCAGUCAAAGUUUGAUGGUACAACUUCUCCAAAUCUUGUAGACUUGGUCUUAGGUAAAUCAUUAGCGACUAAAAUACGUGGCCACACUCGUGAACUGUCAGAAACAUCAGUGCAGAGUAAUACCAGUGAUGAAAGUCAAGGUUCCGAAAAUGAUAGACUUAUGAGGAGGUUGUGUGAAAUGGCUGAGAUAUUAGAUGCCCGUGAGAGUAGACUGAUGGAAGUAAGUAGAAGUAAUGCAGAACUGGUAGAAAGUAAUGCUCACUUAAGAAGUCAGUUGGAGUCAUUGCUAGCAAAGAACGAAGGUGGUGAUAUAAAUACAAUUACGGAAGAUUACACUCAACGAAUGUCAGCUUUGGAAAAGAAAUUUCAGCAGGCCAUUAGAGAAAAGGACCAGCUAAGGAAGGAACUGGACAAGCUGAAAUCGGAAGCUACUCGUAAGAACUCCUCGGAACUAGAGAAUGGUAUAAAGGAACGAGACGAAAUGAUCGCUCAGCUGCAAGAGGAGGGCGAGAAGCUGGCGCGCCAGGAAUUACAGCACUCUAAUAUUAUAAAGAAGUUGCGUGCCAAAGAGAAAGACAAUGAACAAGUUAUUAAGAGUUUAAGGGAUAAAGCAGCAGAGCUCACGGCAGAGCUGGAUCGCCUAAAGCGAUCUCUGGCGGCAAAGGAAGAGCUUGAAGUGAGCCAGAUAGAAGCAGUCUACAGGCUUACCACCGCGAAUAAAAAGAUGGAGACCGAGUUGGUUGAGACAAAAAGUGCACUAGACGACACGAUCCAACGACUGGACAGCACUCGCACAUCGCUGGAUGCGGCGAGACGGGAGUUGAACGAGCUACAGCGGGGAGCCGGCGAUCUGGAGCGCUGUCGAGCGACGAGCGAGCGUGAGCGAGCACAGAGAGAGCGAGCGGAGCGCGACGCCGAACAACUGAGGGCGGAGUUGCAGCAGCUGCGAGUAGAUAGGAAGAAAGAGGAGCAGCGCUGGAUCUCGCGCGAGGAGGCGCUGCGGCGCGAGCUGGCGGAGGCGCGGGAAGCGCGGGAGGCGGGCGGCAGCGAGGCGGCCGAGUGCGCGCGCUGCGGGGACGGCGCCGCCGCCGCGCUGCUCGCGCAGCUGGCAGCGCUGCAGCGCUCGGCGCUCGAGCGCGAGCGCGCGCACAGCGCAGCAGCUGCUGCGCUUAGCCGCCGACUGGCGGAAGCGGAGACAUGCGCAGCAAAGGCAGCGGAACGCGAGCGGCUCGCGCGGGAGGAGUGUGACGCGCUGCGCGACCGCCUCGCGCUCGCCGACGCGCUGCAGAGCGAGGUGAGGUCAGAGCACGACGCGCUGGCUGCGCACUACCAGCGCGCCGCGCUGCAGCGGCAGCAGCUGGAGCAGGAGCUCGCACGUACAAACGCAGAAUUAGAGCAACUCAAAUCGGAAACCGAGACACAGAUAUCGGAUCUGCAGCAACGACUCACAGAGGUGGAGCACCAACUCGAGAGUGAAAGGGCUGCGCUCGAAACUGAGAGGAAGAGGAAUGCAAUCUUGCAGGAACAAUUGUCAUCGCGAGGAGAUAUAUCGCCGCCUCACUCAGUUGCAUCGGACACAUUCUCAGCAUCUUUAUGGGCCCCGGAGGAGGGCGGGCGAGGCACCCCUCCAGUGAUGUCGAGUAUGGGGGGGCGGCGUGUCGGCGCCCGGCGUGGAAGAGGCGUUGGCGGCGCUGACGCGGCGCGACGGCGAGCUGCGCGCCGCCGCCGCCGGCCUGGCCGCGCUGCGCACCGAGCGCGCCGCGCUGCGCUCCCAGCUGGCGCGCCUGCACGAGCAGCUCGCGGACCAGCAGAGCCUCCAAGAGCAGUAUGA